AAGCCUCACAUCUCAUCAAACAAUUCAAACAAACUUUCUAGGCCAAUUACAAAAAUGGCUAAAGCCUACAACUUUUUCUCAUGCUCUCUCUUCAUCUUCUUCUGGUUUAUUUCCUCCAUUUCCCUUCACGCUGAAGCUGCUGUCAAGACUUACAAGUUUGAUGUUCAAGUGAAGAAUGUUAGCAGGUUGUGCCAUGCCAAGCCUAUCGUCACAGUAAACGGAAUGUUCCCAGGACCAACUAUAUAUGUUAGAGAAGGCGAUAGAGUUCUUGUCAAUGUCACCAACAAUGCACAAUAUAACAUGUCAAUUCAUUGGCAUGGAUUGAAGCAAUUUCGCAAUGGGUGGGCAGAUGGACCGGCUUAUAUAACCCAAUGUCCUAUCAAGACAGGCCAUAGUUACACCUAUGAUUUCAAUGUAACUGGACAAAGGGGAACUCUUUGGUGGCAUGCUCAUAUCUUUUGGCUCAGAGCCACUGUGCAUGGAGCCAUUGUAAUCCUGCCUAAACAGGGAACUCUUUUUCCUUUCCCCCAGCCAGACAUGGAGACUAAUAUUCUUUUAGGGGAAUGGUGGAAUAACGAUGUUGAAGAGGUUGAGAAACAAGGAAACAAGAUGGGAUUGCCACCAAAUACCUCAGAUGCACAUACAAUUAAUGGAAAGCCAGGGCCACUUUUCCCAUGUUCUGAAAAACAUACAUUUGCAAUGGAGGUUGAACAAGGGAAGACAUACCUUCUGAGAAUCAUCAAUGCUGCACUCAACGACGAGCUGUUCUUUGGUGUUGAUGGCCAUAACAUGACAGUAGUUGAGAUUGAUGCAGUCUACACCAAACCCUUUACAACUCCAGCAAUCUUGAUUGCACCAGGUCAGACAACAAACGUUCUUGUCCAAGCAAAUCGAGCACCGGGCAGAUAUUUCAUGGCUGCUAGGCCGUUCAUGGAUGCACCAGUCAUCGUAGACAACAAGACUGCGACAGCAAUCUUGCAAUACAAAGGUGUCCCUGAUACUAUCAUCCCAUCUCUUCCCAAGCUGCCAGCACCUAAUGACACUUCCUUUGCCUUAAACUACAGUACCAAGCUUCGAAGCCUCAACUCUCCUCAGUAUCCAGCAAAUGUACCCCUUAAAAUUGACAGGCACCUUUUUUACACAAUUGGGUUGGGGAUCAAUCCGUGCCCAACCUGCAUCAAUGGAACAAAACUAAUUGCGUCGCUGAACAACAUUACCUUCGUGAUGCCUCAGAUUGGGCUACUUCAGGCUCACUAUUUCAACAUCCCAGGAGUUUUCAUAACAGAUUUCCCAGAUAAGCCUCCAACACCUUUCAAUUACACUGGGGCACCACUUACUGCAAACCUUGGCACCAGCCAAGGCACCAGGCUUAGCAGGAUUCCCUUUAACUCCACAGUUGAGUUAGUCCUGCAGGACACUAAUCUUCUCACUGUCGAGUCACAUCCCUUCCACCUUCAUGGCUACAAUUUCUUCAUUGUUGGAACUGGAGUUGGCAACUUUGAUCCUGCAAAAGAUCCGGCUAAAUAUAAUUUAGUUGAUCCUCCUGAAAGGAACACAGUUGGAGUGCCUACCGGGGGAUGGGCUGCCAUUCGAUUCAGAGCUGAUAAUCCAGGGGUGUGGUUCAUGCACUGUCAUCUGGAGCUGCAUACAGGCUGGGGUCUGAAAAUGGCAUUUGUAGUGGAAAAUGGGAAGGGACCAAAUCAAUCUGUCUUGCCUCCUCCUAAAGACCUUCCCCCUUGUUAGUUAUUGCUUGAGACGCAAGAAACCGUGUGUGAAUUAGGGCCGCCACCCUAAUUAACUCUUACUGAAACUGACUGACUGUUUGUAAUUACUUCCUGCAACAAGCAGGAUUGUGAACUGGGCGGUUGAAAUUUUACAAAGGCGAAAAGUAAUUCAACUUUGUAUACCUUUGAAUUGAAUCCUUUUUAAUUGAAA